AUGCUCAUUGCCCCGCCGACUCAGUGCCUGUUCACACCGUAUCAGCUGAUCGAGGGGCAGAACGUCACAUUAAACAAGCUCCGAGAGAUGGCCCACCGGAAUCAACUCGCACAAAGCAAGACACCAGAGGGGGUCAGUGAGUCUGUGACGCUUUCCCAGCUGCAAGGGGAGCUGGUGGGCGUGCAGAGCUCCCUGUUCUCUUUGGGCCUGGAGCUGGAGGCCAGCCAGAGGAGUCUCAGUCAGAGUCAGAGACAAGAUGACGAUCUGGCCCGCUUCAAAGACAGACUGAAUGCUGAACUCCAGGAGGCGCUGCAGCAUAAGGAAGAGACUGAAAAACACAAUCAGGACCUGCGUUGCGCACUUCAGAAAACCCGCGCCGAGCUCAGGGCUAAGGAAGAAGCUCUGAAGGAAGUCGAGGCCGAGAGGCUCUCCGCGGCGCAAGAAAAAGACAUGAGCAUUGCACAGCUCAAUCACUCUCUGCGGGAGAAGGAGCGACAGUUACAGGAGUACUCACAAAUGUUCGAGACACCAGAAAGUCCCAAACCAAGAGAUGCACUUGUUGAGAAAUUAAGAGAGCGAAUUAAAGACAGAGACAGAGCUUUGGAGCGCACCAUCGAUGACAAGUUCCGCUGCCUGGAUGAACGUGAGGGUCAAGUGAGGACACUGCAGCUGGCGCUACGGGAAAAAGACCGAGACCUGGACAGGCUCCGCUGCAUCCUGUCUAACAACGAGGAGACCAUCACGAGUCUCGAUGCUCUGGUGCAAAGGAAAGAGCUGGAGCUGGAGCAGGCGGCCGAAGCCUACAGAAACCUUCAGUGGCUGAAACAGGCCAGUGAAGAAAAGGAGAGCAGAACUUUCAGGGAGAAGGACGCCAUCAUUGGCCAGCUGCAAGCAGCGCUGCAGGCUCGCGGCAAGGAGAUACAGGAUCUGACGGCGACCCUGGUCGCCAGAGUUCAGGCCGGCCCCACCGAGGUGGUGGAGGAGCUGAAGGCUCGGCUCCAGCUGAAGGAGAAGCUCUUCCAGGAGCUGCUGUCAGACCGCAACCACCAAUCGAUUGAACACCAAACGCGGCUUUCGGACUUGCUCAACACCCUCGCUGACAAAGACCAGUACCUGCAGGACAAUUCGUACAGGCUGUCCUUGGUUAUAAGCGAGCGCACAGGUCAGCUGCAGGAGGUGCGCAGGCAGCUGUCCAAGAGAGAGCAGGAACUGUGCGAGCUGAGGCGGGACAAAGAGAGGCAGACGGCCGCAGACGUGCAACACCUGCAAGGUCUUCUCCGAGAGAAAGAAGCCUUUUUUAAGGAGAUGAUGCAGAACUAAGAGGAAGUCAUGAUGCGGCCGCCGUCUCCAGAGAGUGAAGAAGACGUGAAGGCCCUUUGGGAAGAGCUGCAGUUAAUGCUUAAGAAGGAGAGGGAAGCCCAGAAAGAACUCUCUGCUCUGCGUUCGUCUUUGGCUGCCCAGCAAGCAAAGGGAGCAGCAACAGCAAGUACCGAGCAUGUGCUGGAGCAGCUCGUCUUGGAGUACCGUCAGCUGAAUGGUGCCCUGAGGACCGAGAAGAGACUCUACCAGAAUCUCAUUCACACCAAUAGCGACAGCUCGGACAAGGUCUUGGCCCUCCACACUCAGCUGGACUCGGUUCCGGCACUCCGCGGGCAACUGGAGGAGGUCCUGACCCGGAUUCAGAACAUGGCCCUGGACCUGGAAAGGGCCACCAAAAGGCAGCGUGACUUAGGAGAUGUCAGCACCGAAGAGGACGAGGGGGAUGAUGAAGACGGCAGCAGCAACGACUUCACCGACAGCAUAGAGGACGACAAGAAAGUUCCACCUGCGAGUUUGCCUUUCACCCAGCCUCAAGCGGCCCGUGGGCAUGAAGGAGAGUCUGCAUUCCUGACGACUCGCACGCAGAGCGUUGAACUGGAGCUAAAAGAAAUACAGUCGCAGCUCGAGCGGGAGGGAUUCACCUCGGUGACCCAGAUGAGGAGCACACUGCAGAGGCUUUGGAAGGAGAACCGCUUCCUAAAAGAACGUCAAGUGGGGACGAACCACAGGAGUCUUGACCGGGGUGAGGAGGAGGACGAUACUGAGGAGGAGGACUACAUGGAAGAUGAUGAACUGGGGGCGACGUCUUGCGUGGCUGUCAAGGGUCCGAGUGAGCGUUCGGCUCGGCUUUGGUUGGAGACCCGAGAGCUGCGGGAGAGGCUGAUCGUGUCUGAAGCCACCGUUCAUGCUCAGGCCGAGCAGCUGAAGGACUACAGGGACCUGCUCACCGAGACGUCCGUGCAGCAGGCCAGUAAGCAGGUGCAAGUGGAUCUACAGGAUUUGGGCUAUGAGACUUGUGGACGCAGUGAAAAUGAAGCUGAGAGGGACGAUGCCAGCAGCCCAGAGUUUGAUGACCUCGAGAUGUGCACGUCACUGUCUCAUCAGCAGGAGGAUAGCGUGGGAGGGGACUGGUACAAGGCCAGUAGAACCGGGACUAACGGAGAUGCAUGCGAUGGAACCGGGGAGGAGUCGGCUUUACAUCACCUGGUCCAGGAUCUGCGCUCCCAGCUAACCCGCUGCCACAAAGUCAUCCGCGGGCUUCAGAUGCGUGUUCGCUCCCUGUCGGCCACAAGCGACUACGCCUCGAGCCUUGAGCGCACGCCGCGCAAGGUAAACUGGGCCUUCGAGAUGUCACCCGCCCAAGAGGGCGUAGAGGAAGAUGAAGGCUGGGUGUCCGACACCCAGGCGACUUUGCCUGCGUCCAAACCCAGUCGCGAGCUGCAGGAGCUGAUGGCACGAGUGGCCACCUUGGAGGCCCAAUUGAGCAGCUCCAAGUUGGAGGGGAAGUGCGAAGCAGAGCAGGGGAAAUGUGCCACAUGGCCUGGAAAGUACAACUCUCUCAUCCAGGCCCAAGCUCGUGAGCUCUCCCACCUGAGGCAGAGGAUGAGAGAGGGUGAAGGAGUCUCCCAUAUCCUCACACAGCAUCUGGCUGACACCACCAAGGCUUUUGAGGAGCUGCUGCGGGCCAACGAUGUUGACUACUACAUGGGGCAGAGCUUUCGAGAGCAGCUUUCACAAAGCACCGCGCUAGCUCAGAGACUGCUCAUCAAGCUGACUGGACGAGUGGAAAGCCCCGUUGACAAGACAGGCCACGAGUUGCUGGCCAUGCAGCUUAGCAAGGAGCUUCAGCAGAAAGACCAAAUCAUCGAGUCUCUGCACAACAAGCUGCAGCAUCGCCCUGAGACGCCAUCCAGCUGCCAAGCCCUCUCGGAGACCACCGACCCAUCAGACAGGACUUCCUUGGUGUCCGACGAGUGUCAAACCAACGAAGACCUGGAUCUGUGCUCCGAGUUAGACGCCGGAGACUAUCGGGACCAGGAUGAGCAGCGACAAUCCGAACCGGAUGCCCAUUCAUCGAUCCCUCCUCCUUCUCGUGGACACCUCCAAUCAUCUUUCAGCUGUCCGGGAAUGCUUUUCUCAGCCUCUGGGGGUUUAACCGCUCCGUCCUUGAAAGGCUACAGCCAGCUACCUCAUCAUGCCUUUCCGCAGUACCAGCUGGGCGGCAUUCCCGAGGGUCACUCACUAAAGUCGGGCUCGGGGCCCAAUUUAAUUGAAGAGCACCUACGGGAGGUGCGAUGUCUUCGCCAGCGUCUGGAAGAGUCCAUUCGGACCAACGAAAGGCUCCGACAGCAGCUGGAGGAAAAAUUAGCAAACCCUGGGCGCGACGGAGGAGCAGCUACAAACAUCUAUAUUCAAGGGUUGGACACAGUCACACAUCUGUCGAAUGAAAUCCGAGUCCUGACAGACGAGAACUUGAAUCUGCAGUCCCGUCUACAGGCCAGCACAGACUUGUGCGAGGAGCUGAUCGAAGCACGCGCCCGCCUCAAGCAAGCCGAACUGGAAGCUGAGCAGUGGAAGGAGGAGUUGAGACGACUUCAGACACACAGUGAGGAGCAGGGAUGGCAGAUUCUCGCCUUGAGGCAAGCCGGUCAGGAGAGAAUCAACAGAGCGCAGCACGAGGCGUCUCUACUGCAGCAGCAGUUGUGUGAGAGCAGAGACCUCAUCCACUCCCUGCAGAACGAACUGCACGUCUACGAUCGCGUGUGCUCCAGCUUCAAAUCCAACAAAGGCUUCCUGUGCGAAGCUCCUGGCCUGCCCGCGGAGUCGGCGGAGCUACUGAGCGAGGUGAGGAGUCUGCGGGCCCAGCUGCAGAGCAGCAUCCAGGAGAAUAGCGCCUUCAAGCAGCUGGAGCUCCACAAGCAGCUGGAGCAAAAACUGGGCGCCGGCUCCCCUCGCACGCCGUCCCUGUCGGCCUUCGGCGCCAGCCCUCAGAGAGAAAACGUCUACAGGCGACAGCUGCUGCACGACCCGGCCCCUUCUCCACCUGUCAGGGACAUUGGUCUCUUUAACUGUGGAUCUCUGCCCCCCUACUCGGACCUGGAUGACAACCAUAGCGCCGCCAACGACCCCCUCGACCCGCACGCUGAGCUGGAAGGCGACGCCCCCGAUGGCUCGUUCGCCAACCGUUAUGGCCGCCACGCCGUCGGUCACGUGGAUGAUAACUCUCUCCAGCAACAAGUCCUUGAAGGUCGCAGCAUCGUGCAGCGCAUGGAGGCAGCGUUGCGCCCGCGCCUGCGCUCUCCUCCACCGUUAGGAGCCGCCCAGAAACAAAACAAUGAGCAGCUCUUGGAUUAAGGCAAUGUCCCGAGUCUCUUGUCCAACACGAAGACCCUGAGGCAGAUUCUGGAGGAGGCGGCGUCCCUGCUGAAGAUGUUCUGGAGGGCGGCGCUGCCCAGCGCCGACGCCGCCACGCCGAACCUGAAGAAGGAGCAGUCGAUGCAAGAGGAGAUCUUGUCCCUCAAGCUGCGCGUGUCUGAGCAGGAGGAGGUACUGAAGGGGACGAUUCAAAGACUGAGGAGCACCAGUCGCACCAAGGAGAGCAUGGAGCAUUUCAUCGUGAACCAGCUGUCAAGGACUCGGGAUGUUUUGAAGAAAGCAAGGACAAACUUGGAGAAGAACGAGAUGAGAAUUUCCUCUCUAAGCUCCUCGUCUUCCGCUCCCUACGCCGCUGAGGAGCCAGGAGGUGGUGCCAGAGAGCAACCUGCUAAUGUCCGGGGCUUGACGACUGACGGAGUCAAAGCCAACCAGCACUCUGCUGCCAGGAAGCGCACCAGCCGAUGCUUGCUUUAGACCCCGAACAACCGGACUCAAUGCUACGGACCUCCACAUUUAAAAACACUAAGACCUCCUCAGUCCCCUAAACCUCUGUCUUCAACCAGGCCUUACCAAACUCCCUUCAGCGUCCCCAAACUCCUCAAAAGCGCAGUCAGUGUUAUUCUUUGAGUGGAGCUGUCAGCAAUGUGUAUGAAAGAAGGCGUGUGAAACAUGUCCCUGGUGGUUGCAGUGACAAGCCGGAUUGGAACGGCUUGAAGACGCCCCCGAAACGUCGUCUUCCGAGAACAUGUGGAGGGGCAAAGGGUUUUUUCUGCACGUAA